UCUCUCUCCCGCUCAUAUGCUUGUACUUAUUCACGACAGCUCGGAGCUGCACAGUCCAACAGGGGAAGCUGAGCAGAGGGGUAACAAAUGACUGAGGGGUCAUUGUUGAGUAAAGCAACUCAAAUGAGUCAAAGUAGAUUAUUUGUUCAGCUGUCAGUGGGGCUCCUUCUCAUUGCGGCAGGUGUAGGUGCCUCAUGUCCCAUUGAGUUGAGCCCCUCCAGUGUUGUGGUGAAAUAUGGAGACCCAGUUUCAGUCAACUGCACCGCAACAGAGAGCCAUGAAGGAAUGGGUUGGGAGGUUCCAGUUGGAGGGAUAGCGAAUACAGAGGUCGACCAUUUGCCCUGGAAGGUGGAGAAUUUAACACAAUGGGACAUCUCUGCUUCUUGCUAUAUUAACACUAAAGAUUCAAACCAGUGCCAGAAAAAGCUGAACAUUGUUGUUUACACAUUUCCAGAAAAAAUCAAAAUCAACUCCACCGCUGACUCCAAUGGUAUGAUGGUAGAAGGGAAGGAAUAUAACAUUACUUGUGAGAUCCCCAAAAUAGCACCAUUCCAAAAUCUUACUGUAAAGUGGUACAAAGGAGACAGAAUCAUUGAACCAGAUGCCUUAGAAAUCAUUGAUCCAAAAAAUAAACCUAAAGAACCAGUGAAACUCUUAUCUACCUUCCCAUUUACACCAACUCGAAAGGACAGCGGUGCCAGGUUCAGAUGUGAGGCAGAGAUGGACCUGAGCCCAGUAGGGCCACAUUUUAAUGUAUCGUCACAGGAUUUUACUAUUACAGUUGUCUUUGGACCAGAUGCACAGUGUUCCAAUCUUACUGAGCUAAUCGAAAAUGAAUCUUUGGAGGAGAAUUGCAACAUAACAGGAAAUCCCACCCCCUCAGUUAAAUGGCUGAAAGAUGGACAACUCUUCAACUCAACCACUCCGAUGAGAAGGGAAAAUGCAGGGAUGUACACACUUCAAGCCAAUGGCUCGCUCUCUGUCCAAAAGAACAUCCAGGUUCAUGUGUUAUAUGGACCAGAGUUGAACUGCCCAAGCAUUUACAUUGCAGAGGAACGUACUCCUCACAAUCUCACCUGUACUGUAGACGGCUUUCCUGAACCUGACACGGUCUGGUACAGAGAUGAUGAGGUGGUGGAACUUCCAAAGACGUUGACGAGACAUGAUGCAGGACAUUACUUGAUCACAGCUUCAAACAGUCAGUCAAACGUCAGCGCCACUGUGGAAAUUAUUGUUCACUAUCCACCGUCAGAGAUAUUUGAGCUUCAAGACCUUAAAGUCCACAUUGGUUCCACUGUGGAGCUGAAGUGCUCUUCCAGGGGAAACCCACAACCAACGUAUACCUGGAAUUAUUACCAGACUGACAAUGUGAUGGAGGAAAAUGAAGAUGGAGUAUCCCGUUUGGAGAUUCACAGUGCUACUGCAUACAACACGGGUUCCUACACGUGCCAUGCAUGGAACAACAAGGGAAGAAUUUCCCGAACAAUCAGAGUCACAGUUAUAGGUGCUGAGCAAGAAUGCCCACUUGAAAUAACUCCAAAUCCAAUGGUGCUUGAGUACAGAAGCAGAGCGCAGGGUGCAACGUGCAGCUCAACAUCCGCCAUCUCCACAAAUGUCGAGAGAAUGUACUGGGAGGGUGUAGAAUCUGAUAAUAUGACUUGGUUUGCUAACACCAAUGAAGACUGGGGGAUGACGCCAGUUUGCACUGCAACAUUUCAAGGAAUAGGAAAAUGCAAAAAAUCAUUGAGCUUUACUCUUUACAAAAAACCAGACAGUGUUUCUAUUUAUCACGUGGAUCGCUUGAACUCCGUAGAAGAGGGCAAAGAGUUCCAGCUGCGGUGUGACAUUGCGAGCGUUGCUCCAGCACAACACCUCACUGUGUUGUGGUACAAAAAUCAAGACAUACUGAAAGAAACUGGCUGUCAGCUUGAAAACAACAAAACCUGCAAACUCAGUGAUGUCAGAUCCCCGGUAAAUGUUUCAGCCACGGUUAAUGUCAACCUGCAAAGGAAAGACGGUGAAGUGGAGUUCAGAUGUGAGGCUCGGCUAAACCUGAGAUUAAAUCCUCUUCCGACUACAACAUCCAGCACCCUUAAGAUCACUGUCCUCUAUAAGCCCAAAAUUAAUACCACAAAGCUUCCAAAAGAAAUCCCCGUGUUCAGAGGUUACUCUGAGGAGCUUGUUUGUGAAGCAGAAGGUUACCCAAUCCCAAAGAUCCAGUGGCACUACAACCCAGAGUCCCAUGUGAAUGUGUCUAAAGGAAAACUCACUGUGUCUGAGCCGGGCAUCUACAACUGCACUGCCAGCAAUGACGUUGGUUCGGCAUCACAUGUGGUUGAAGUGAUUUUAAAAGAAAAACCAGUCAGUGUUUCCAUCGAUCACGUGGAUGACUUUACGUCCGUGGAAGAGGGCAAAGAGUUCCAGCUGCGAUGUGACAUUGUCAACGUUGCACCGGAACAAAACCUCACUGUUUUGUGGUACAAAAAUCAAGACAAACUGAAAGAAACUGGCUGUCAGCUUGAAAACAACAAAACCUGCAAAUUCAGUGAUGUCAGAUCCACGGUAAAUGUUUCUGCCACGAUUAAUGUCAAUCUGCAAAGGAACGACAGCGGAGCGGAGUUCAGAUGUGAGGCUCUGUUAAACAUGGGAUCAAACACCCCUCAAAAUACAACAUCCAGCACCCUUAAGAUCACUGUCCUCUAUAAGCCCAAAAUUAAUACCACAAAGCUUCCAAAAGAAAUCCCGGUGUUCAGAGGCUACCCUGAGGAGCUUGUUUGUGAAGCAGAUGGUAACCCAACCCCAAAGAUCAAGUGGGACUACAACCCAGAGUCUCAUGUGAAUGUGUCUAAAGGAAACCUCACUGUGUAUGGGCCUGGCAUCUACAACUGCACUGCCAGCAAUGACGUUGGCUCUGCAUCAUAUGAGGUUAAAGUGAUUCUAAAAGAGGACUACCUCCCUCUCAUCGCUGGAUUUGUGGCUGUCACUGUGGUAGCUAUCUCCACCAUCUUCAUCUUCAUCUACUCAAUCUACUACAAGAACACCAAGAUGCGCCGCUACAGCCUUAAAAACCCUAAAUUCAGCAUGCACAAUGGGAAUGUAGCUCACAGCAAUGGUGACCUGCAGUUCCCAAUGACCCGACUAUCAAAGCAGUACAUCUGUAUAUAGCACAGAAUAGACUGCUGAGCAGUCUGAACGGUCUGCAUCUCUCUGCCACCAGGGUUAACAGGUUUUUCUUGUUUUGUUUUGUUUUGUUUUUUAUUGUUGUUGUUGUUGUUUUUUAAGUCUGAAUACCGAGCCAAAUACAGAGAAAGACUAUUCUGUCCUCCAAACGUCAAUCACCCUGUUAUUCUCACAUAGAUUUCCCCUUACAUUAUAAUCAGAGGUGUAGUCCUAUUUGUAUAAUUAGCGCAUCGAUCACAGGCACACAGCCUUUAGAGUUAUUUGUUUUUAAGGCUAUAUCACCAAAGUGGCAAGUUUAAAUUAUUCAACUAUAACCAUAACAUGCUGCUUACAGCUCUCUCCUCCCUGGAUGUGUCUUCUUUGUUUUCCAUGCUUUCCUGUUUGAUAGAAACAGUCUCUCUUUAACACUGGUGCCAUCUCUCUUCCUCACUUAUUCUCCAGUGAACUUUAAAUUCUACCGUUUUUCACAUAGUUGUUACAUUGUAGGCACACAGCUGUGUGCAGUGCUUUGGGUUUGUGCUGAAACUCUUCACUGAGUCUGCUCUAAAUAUGCAGAGUGAAGAGUUCUAGUCUAGUGUUUUUCUACACAUCAUACGCGUCAUCUUUUCCACACAGAUUUCAGGUUUAUACUGUAGAGUAGUUUGUGAUAAUGGAGCUCUCCUCUGGAUAAGUCCUGUCUUCCACCUGAGUAGCUUUUUGAUGCCAAAAGGUGGUGUAAACUGCUAGUAAAUCAGGCCCUAGAUAGCCCAGCUUUGAUUACUUUUUUUUACUUUCUUCCAUGAAAUAUUGUUGACAUGACAACUGAAUUUCAACCGAUUAAGCUAACUGUGAAUAUGUUGUUUCCUCUCUGGUGGGAAAAAAAGAGGUGGGGACUACACCUGCAAUUAUAAGUGUGUUAUCCAUAAGGCAGUAAUACUAGGUGCAAUCACAAAUUUCCUUGAUUUGAAUCAUUUAAAGAAAACCCAAACCAUACUUGAUUUAAAUUUGGCAGGGUCUCUUUAAGGUCCUCUGCUUGUUAACGUGUUCACCACUUCCAUCGGGGCUGCUGUUUUUAGAUCCUUCCAUGAAAGAUCAGUUCUCACUAUUCGACUCACAAAACUGUAAUUUCACUGUGAAUCCUAAGCUUGAGCAAAUAUCAGCUUCACUGACGAACUGACGUGACUUCAUAUCCAUGAUUAACACUGAUAAUUAGAUCUGUGUCUCACGAGUCGCAGCCCAAAGGCUGAUCUAAGAUAAGGACUGUGUGGAGUCACCACACAGCACAUUGAAUGCUUUUUUUUUUACUUAUCUCUCGGGGCCUUGCUUCAUCCUUUUCCUAUAAAGAAAGCAGUCAGAAUGUGAUUUACAUUAAGUGAUCUGAAAAUAGUAGCCACACUGGAAGCAGUUUGGUUUUAAGGAAACAACAAAAUAGAGUGAGGAUCAGAAACAUUUAAAUCAGGUUUUUGAUUUUUUUUUUUAAUUGUAGCUUUUACUCUUUGUAACUGUUAUUGCACCUGGUGUAGUUACACAAAUGAGCAACCUCGGCUUGAGAUGUACAAGUCUGUCUAUACUACUGGAUUCUUACCAGUUUUCACUGGAUAGAAAGAAGUGAAGGAGCAAUCCAACUCGAAGGUGAACAUUUUUUCUAUUUUAUUUUUUAUAUCUGAUGCUUGGAUGGUUUCACUAAUGUUAAUGUUUCUUUUAACCUUAAGACUUCAGAUCAGAACUGUAUGGGAUUUAUCACGUCUUUAGGACAUUGUGAAUCUCAGACUGCUGUGCUUUAAACUGUUAAACUCACGGGAAAUGCAAAGCUUUUAUAAACUGCUUUUACUUAUCACCUGUCCUGCCAGCAGUGCGCACACCGCAGUUUUCUUAUUUAACUUCACUCUUCCAUGCAUAUCAUAUUGAAUGUCUAUAUGAAUUGUAUAUUCAGGGUAAUAUUUGAUGUAAAUCCAAAAGUUUAUAUUUAUUUAUGAGAAAAAGUAAAGGCUGAAUAAUUUAGUGUUGAAAAUGGACUGCACACUGGUUAGUAAUGCAAAUUAUUGAAGGGUUAAUGGAGUUCAAGUCCUUCGUGUGAAGGCUGAGGAGAACUUUAUAACACAUUUGUAUAUACUGCUGUAAAUAUUUCUGACUGGGGCAAAAGUGUAUUUUGUUAUUAAAAAUGUCGCUUUUUAAAACAU